AUGGUGGUGCUAGUGGUUGAUGGACAUCUCCUUGGGAGGGGGGUGUGGUUGGGCAGACGGCACCUGUGGUGCUUCAGAAGUCCUUCGUUCAGUAAUAGAGGGUGCUGAGGUGAGGCAAACAGGAGAGCAGGAUGAGGGCAGAGGGUCCUGUGGAGGUGAGGGGUGGAUCGCCUAAGCGCUGAGGUUUCUUAAAUGAGUCUUCAGGUGAGUUAGGAGUGCAGCCAUAUCAGUAAAAUGACCAGAAAGAUGCAGUCACUUCAGAGCGGUGAACACCAAGAAAGAUGGAGAGAUUUGCAAAGGACUGAAGACAGAUAUUGACUGCAUUUCGCUGAGCACAUGUAGGGCUGUCUGUGUCUCAGCUGCAGUGCCUAGCAUUUUCCUGUCACAUAGUAGUUGACCAUUAAAUGGUUAUUUUCAUUAGGAGAAGAAAGGACUGAUUUUCUUAGGUAGGCUGCCCGAGAAGGUAGGUAUCAAAAGAGAGAAAUUAGGGACAUGAGCAAGAUUGCCUUGUCUGUUGGUUAGAUGUCAGUUUUGUUUCUAGGCCUUUCGCUGCCUGACUUGCUGUGUAUUUUGUUUGUGUGAUGUCAGUUUCCUUAUCAGUAAAAUGGAAGUCACAUUCUGUUGUAAAGGCAUCUACUGAAGAUGUCUGAGAGAUUAAUUUCUGUUGGACACUAGAACACCAAAAAAAAAAAAAAAAAAAAUCACUAUCCCAUGAAUUUUUUUUCUUUGGAGCUACUGAGAUCUGGAUUUAAUUCACUACUUACUAGUUUUGUGUGGCCUUGGCCAAGUCUCCUAAUUACAUAUUAGUAAUUCUGUUGGAAAUCAGACUAGGAAUCUAUCUUCCCCAUCAUCCUGUCUCUGACAGAGAUAACAAUGGCAAGGGAGUUCCUUUCCUUGGUGACCGUUGAAAUUACAUACAUCAUAAGAAUUACUUUAUUAUCCUCGUUACUCUAUCAUUAGUUUCUCAGCUUAAGUUUCCCAUGGAAUAAGGAGACACAGCAAAUACACCCCCUCCCUCUACUUCAUAUAUGUAGGUGUGCAUGAAUGAAUUUAUGCAAAUGUUACUUUAUUCAUUCAGAAUGAAUUAUUUUAGCUGUCAUGAUGAAAGUAUUUCUGGGUGCUUUAGUGUAUAUGGAGAAAUACACAAUCGUGUCCUUUUUAGGUGCUUAAAAUUUAGUUCAUGUAUUUUGAACACCUACUGUAAUCUAUACUUUGUUAUAUACUGGGGUUAUAGGGCUGAAAAGAUGUGUGGUGGUUGUUGCCCUAAAAGGAGCAGAGAAUCUAGAAGAAGAAAAGAUGUGUAUGUAGAAUUGCAGAGCAGCCCUGUAUGAUAAAGGUAAAUACCAGUGCUGUGAGAACAUAGCCUGGGGGAGAGGAAAUGUGAGAACUUUUUAUAGGGAAAAGUUAGAGAUGAAUUUUGCAGGACAAGAUGUGAUGGGAAAGAUGAGGAAAAACAAGUGCAGGACUCAUUUAACAUGGACUUAGGAACUACAAUGGCUACACUGGCAAUCUGCUACUGUAAAGAUUACAACCAAGAAAACCCUGUGGAGCAGCUCUACUCUAAUACAUGAGUUUGCCAGGAGCCGGAAUUGACUCAAUGCCGGUGGAGUUUUAUUAUUUUAUUUGUUUUUUGGGAGCUACCCAGACUUGGAUUUAUUCUGACUUCACUGUUUAUUAGUUUUGUGUGGCUUUGGAACAAGAAUAUGCUUUUAUGAUAUCAAUAGAUUCUUAGUCAUUUUUAUCUGUUAGAAUGAAUCUUGAAAGCACUCCAACCCCCUGCUCCUGGUUGGUCUGGUUGCCUUCUGCUUCUUUGCACAGCCAUUGCCCUGAAGUUCCUUUCUACUCUACUUCUGGGUGAUUGCCCACAGUCAGUAUCAAAAGUCCAGAAGAAUUUCCAUCUUUCUGAGCAUGCAAGAUGAAAUUGAGACAGAGGAGAUCAUCAAGGACAUUUUCCAACAAGGCAAAACCUGCUUCAUCCCACAGUACCAGUUCCAGAGCAACCACAUGGAAAUGGUGAAAUUAGCAUCACCUGAGGAAAUUUCUUUGCUUCCCAAAACGUCCUGGAAUAUUCACCAGCCUGCUGAGGGCGAGGUUCGGGAGGAGGCCUUGUCAACUGGAAGAACCUUCACCGAGUCACAUGCAUCUGAAAGCACACUGGUCAUGAAGUUAAGCUUUUUCGGAGUCGUUUUGUAUUCAACUAAAUACACAGGAAGAACAGCCAAGGCUCUUAUUUAUAACGGGGCCUUUGAUUUGAAUGGGGGACUUGAUCUCAUCUUCAUGCCAGGUCUUGGGUUUGACAAACAUGGCAACCGCUUGGGGAGGGGGAAGGGCUACUAUGACAGCUACCUGAAGCGCUGUCUACAGCAGCAGGAAGUGAAGCCCUACACCAUGGCCUUGGCUUUCAAAGAACAGAUUUGCCACCAAGUCCCAGUGGAUGAACAUGACAUGAAGGUAGACGAAGUUCUGUAUGAAGACCCAUCAACAUCUUAAGUCCAGAUGACGACAGCCAAAUAAACGAUGUUUUGUACCAGAAAAAACCAAAAUACAUGUAUUUUCCUUUGUCAAAAAACAAUUGAAAUUGCACACCAAUAUGGGUACGGACUGCAUUUUUUUU